UUCAAGCUUUGAAUGUGAGCUGCGCUCCUGCCCCCAUCUCUCCUUCCCUCCCUCCAGCAGAUCGUAAAAAGAGGAGGGGAAAAAAAAGUUUCAACAGGAUGGACCAAUGGCAAGUGGCGAGUCAGGGUAAGGGGGCCGAGCGAAGGGAAAAAAAAGUGGAGAAAAGGAGAAAGAGAGCGAGAGAGCGCAGGCUGGGAGGAUAUGUAAAAGAAGAAGCGCUGCUUUUUUUUUUCUUUUCUUUUUUUUUUUUGUUUUUUUUUUGUUUGUUUGCUUUUCCAUGCAUGCAUAAUGACGCCUAAUCAGAGCACGUUGCUGCUGCUCGGAGAGCACUUUUUUAUUUAAAGCCUUGCAAAGGAAAAAAAGAUCUACAGACAGAUCAGCAGAGCAGCUUGCAGGGCUUGUUGACAACAGAAGCAGCAUCAGUCGCCCGGAGAGAAACAGACCCAGAAGGCUGCCUCUUCUCCUUUCCCUGUGCUAUCUUCUUUUUAGCGGAGAGAGACAUUUCUUCUCCACGCCACCCGAAAGAGCAACCAGUACCGAGAGGGAGCAAGCGGAGCUGGGACUGUGAACGGGAUCGGAGUGGCUGGCAUGUUCAGAGAUGCCGCCAGCGGAGAGUUAAAAGCUCCCGAGGAGGCGGCAGCACCAACUGGCCGUUUAUUUUAUGCAAAAAAAAAAUAAUAAUUAAAAAAAUAAUAAUAAACGGAACUGCAUUAGGAGGAAGGACGGCACCAUGACCUCUCCCGGCGCAGCCUGCAAGUUCCUCAGCGUGCUCCGAAGCCGCUCUCCUCCGAGCCCCCGUUUGCACUGAUUCUUCCCACCUCUCCGGGCGCCUUCGCCGCCGUCGCCAAGCCAGGAGCAGGGUGGGGGGCACGGGACGGCCCCGGGCGCCUGCUUCGUACCGCGACCCUGCCGGUUGCAGCUACGGGGGGCUGGAGGGCCCCGGAGCCGACGCGGAUUGAUGCGAGGAGACCUCAUGUACACGGCCGGCAGGAGUUUUGCAAACUUUUCCACAGGCGGCAGCUCCUUCUCCUCCUCUUCCUCAUCGUCUACCAGCGCCUCUCCCCCGCUCGCCUGCAGCAGCAGACGCCGCCGCCGCCCGCGAUGGUGGCCUCCUCGCCCGCUCGGCACGGAGGCGGCGCUGGGGGCCGCUGGCCGCGGCCGGCCGUCUGGCUGUGGCUGGCAGCGGCGCUGGGCGCCGUGUGGCCGUCGUGGGGCUCGCUGGUGCAGGGCCGGCGGCUGAUCUGCUGGCAGGCGGUGCUGGCUUGCCAGGGGGAGGCCGACUGCAGCUACGCUUACAACCAGUACGCCGAGGCGUGCGCGCCGGUGCUCCUGCAGCAGCCGCCGGCGGGAGGCGGCGGGGACGGGCCGGCGGCCGCUGCAGGCUCCGCUGCCUCCUCCAGGCGGCGAUGCCCCAGCCACUGCAUCGCGGCCCUCAUCCAGCUCAACCACACCCGGCGCGGCCCGGCGCUGGAGGACUGCGACUGCGCGCAGGACGAGAACUGCCGCGCCACCAAGCACGCCAUCGAGCCCUGCCUGCCCCGCACCAGCAGCCCGGCGGCCGGCGGCCCGGGCCCCGGCAUCAUGGGCUGCACGGAGGCGCGGCGGCGCUGCGACUGGGACAGCCGCUGCAGCCUGGCUCUCAACCGCUACAUGACCUACUGCGGGAAGCUGUUCAACGGCCUGCGCUGCACGCCCGAGUGCCGCGCCGUCAUCGAGGACAUGCUGGCCGUGCCUAAGGCCGUGCUGCUGAACGACUGCGUCUGCGACGGGCUGGAGCGGCCCAUCUGCGAGUCGGUCAAGGAGAACAUGGCCCGCCUCUGCUUCGGCGCGGACAUGGGCGGCAACGGCGCCGGCAGCAGCGGCGGCUCGGACAGCGGCCUGGAGGAGUACUACGACGAGGACUACGACGAGGAGCCGAGCCAGAGGGGGAGGGACGACGUGGAGGACAAUGCGGGCUCUGAGCCCGGCUUCCCCGUGCAGAGGGGUAGCGCCGGCCGGCCCGCCGCCGCGGCUUGGCCGCUGCUGGCCUCCAUCUUGCCGCUGCUGCAGCGGCUCUAGCGCUUCUCCCUCCUUGUUUCCUUCCUUCCUUCCCCCUUCGCCGGGCCGGGCCCGGCCCUCGGUGCCGGCCGCCGCUGGCCUCCUGGCGGGCCCGCCCGCGGCGCUGGGGGCCCGGCCCCUCCGGGCCAUGCCGUUUUAAACGCUCCGACCGUUACUUCUCCAGCUGUUACAGCGGGCGUCGUUGUCCUCCCGCCCGCCUCGCUGCUGCUCCCGCCUCGCUGCUGCUCCCGCGGCUCCGCCAGGGCGUCUGCACCCCCUGCCCCCGCUGCUGCCCGCAGCACCCGCCCGCACCCCUCCCUGGGCCGGGCCUGGCCUCGCCUCCCCGGGCAGCCUUGGCCCGGCGAAGCGGCGGCGGCCGGAGCGGAGCGGGCGCGGGCCGCUCGUUGUGCGAGUGCGGGUCUCGAGUGUGCACUAUGCAAUUCCUGCUGCCCUGCCUUGGAGUCAGCAGGGCGAGCUACCAGAGACUGCUGCGGGGCCGCGGUGGGCUGCCCGCUGCCGCCAGCCGCCCCCGGAGAAACUGGGAGUGAUGGCGAGCUCAUAGGGGAUAUUUUUUAAGCAUUUUGAGAUGAAGGUUAGAAGGAGUCGAGCUAUCCAAACCUGCUGCCACAGCUAUUGCCGUAUUGGUUAGUCAACAACCUGGUUAUCAGUCGCUGAGUCUCGCUGUGAUGCAGUGGUGCCUGAACCGGUGUUACGUGGCAUCUGCCGUUAAUUAAAUCUAAGGAAAUAGCAGACUUGAGUGAAUUCUGUGGUUUACAGUACUCCCUCUUGCACACACAUCUUCUCUAGAACAAAAGCAUGCCAGCAGCCUCUCGUUCACCUUAGCCUAGCGACACGGAGUUGUUGGCUGUACUGAACAAUGCAACUUUUGUUUUAAAAGAGCUCUGCACUGCCAUCUUUAAAAGACACUUUUAAACUCGAGAACGUGUAUAUACAAAUAUCCUGAAAAGUUAUAUUGUCUCUCAUAUCAGGGUGCUGACCUCUGGUAAAUCUUAUAUUAAAAAAAAAAUGUAUUUAAAACUGGGAUUUGUUACCAGUUGCUCUUCUUUGUAUAUAGAAUUUUAUAAAUUGUAUGCUUUGGGGAUAAUUUAUUUAAAGAAUAAUAAUAAAAGUUUAAAACCACAUCCUAUUUUCCAGGUAAUUGCAUUUGCUAUUCAUUUCUGGAAAGGUACAGUAUUCAUUUUAUGUUUAAAGGGAUACCAGCAGCAGUGAUUCAGUGAAGUAUUCUCUAGAACAUCAAAUGUACAGUGUAUUUUAUAGAGUGGAAGUUAACUUUCUUACUUGGAGAGACUGUAUGAACGUUGUCGAAUUGUAUAAACGCAUUUCUGAGCUGCCUUAAACUUUGUAUUUUUAUAGAAGGCAUAAAAAAGGCCUGUGUUUUAAAUAUGUAUGGCUUUUUUGUAUUUUCUAAAUGUGUAAAUUAGUAAAGAAAGAGCUUUAAAUAA